AUGAAUGUUAUUAUUGAUUCACAUGAAUUUCUUAAUCUUGUUAUUUCAUUGAUAACUGAUGAAAUCGAUGCUAUUAAAAAUCAAAUAAAUGAACAGUCAUUAUUAUUUAAACAUAAAAUAGUCGAUCCAACAACAAAUAAUUUUCAAUUUUGUUUAGCUACUGAACGUUGUUGUGAAAUCUGUGGUAUGUCAACAAUCAAAACAGAAAUUCAUACAGCUUUACUUAUACAUGUAACAGAUGAAGAAUCUAAAACAGCUAAAAAUAAUUCUUUAACUGAUUUACUUGAAAAUUAUUUUGCAUCUGAAACCAUGGAUGGUUGUUACUGUGACAAUUGUCAAUCAAAUCAAAGGAAACAUAUUAAAUAUAAUCUCGAAAGAUUACCUCGUAUUUUUAUUUUUUAUUUAAAACGAUGGCAUAUAAUAAAAAAUUCUAACGGAGAACUUCAAUCAGUAUCAAAAGAAGAUCAUCCAAUUGAUUGUUCAAUUGAAAUAAAUGUUUAUCCAUUUUGUUCAUCAAAUACUUAUCAACCAUCGAUGAUAAAUUAUUUAGAAGAAUUACCCAAUUUAAAAGAUUUACUUAAACAACGCGAACAAAUUUUACAUAUAAUUGAACCGAAAAGAGCAAAAAUUGAACAGAAUGAAUCCGAAAAAAUGGAAAUAAACGAAGAAGAAAAUAUUAUUGCUACUCAUGCUAAUUAUCGUCUUUUUGCUGUUAUUAAUCAUCAUGGUGGUUCAAGUGACGUUGGUCACUAUACAUCAACAGUAUAUGAUGCUAAAGGUGAUACAUGGUGGACUUUUGAUGAUACAUCAGUUACAUCCUGUACUCAACAACGUGUUUUAAAAGAUUUAGCUCCCGAUGCUUAUGGUGUUAUGUAUAUGCAUAAGUAUGUCAACCAUUUAUGUUAA